ACAUUUUUCUAUUUUCAGAUUUUAAGAUUUCACAUUUAGAUAUUUUACAACUUUCAAGUAUAUCAUAGUUUACUAUUUUUGGUGAUUUUUUAAAGGUGUUACAUUUGACCAUUCUGAUGAGUUUCAAGUAUUUUACAUGUUACGAUUUUUGAGAAUUUCAAAGAUUUCAUAUUUUUUCUACAUAUUGUGAUUUUCAAGGGUUUUACAUUUUACAAUAUUUUAUGAUUUUCAAAGGACUUACGUUUAAUAUAUAUCCUUUUGUGAGCAUCGUUGAAGAUAUUUGAUGACAUUUUGCAAUCUUCAUAUAUGCCUUUAGGAGUAUUUUUGAAGACCAUUGUUUUACAUGUUAUAGAUUAUUUUACGAGGGCAUUUUGAAGAUAUCUUACAAUAAUUUUUAAGUUCUUUUGAUAUAGAGUUGUGUUUUACAGUUUGAUUUUAACGUGUGUGUUUCGAAGUUAUACUACAUCCAGUUUAACUAUAUUUUACAGCUCUCAUACAUAUUUUUACAUCUGUUGUAUGAUUCUUUAUUGUUGUUGGAUGUUUUCACAGUUCUGUCCCAUUAGUUGACAGUUUUCAAUAGAAGGACAAUUAAUCGAUCGUCGUAGAAUAUUGUGAGGCCAAAAAAAGAUUACGUAAAAAUUUAUUGGCGUACUUGCGGUAGCGGCGGUUUAAUAAAUAAAAUAAUAAAUACAUAAAAAACAUUGGAGAGCAAAAAUGAAGAAGAUAGGAAUAUUACUGGUAACCACCUUUAUUGGGAUAACCAGCGGAAUGUUGUCCAUAGAAAUAGAUCCGGAAACUAAACAAACAGUCUAUUUCGAUUUAUGUAAAGUAAUCGAGUGUGGAAACGAUGAGGCAGCAUGGCGAAGACAUGAUGUGUACGGUUGUCUGUGGCCCUCAAACGAAAAGCCAAGUGCGCCUUUCUGUCACUCGUGGAAAUUUGACGUACAUUGGUAUACUCAACCAGGUUGGGUGCCGCAAUCUCCGUUUUUUAGUAAAGCAACUAAAUCAAUUGAACGGUACAAAUUUAUAAGGAGCAUGACAUUUAGAAGAGGUGUAGGAGUAAACGGGGCAGGAAUAAAUCCGAUAGUAAUUGGGAUACCCCCGUCGAAAAAAUGGUUACCGAUGUGGAUAACAAUAGGAGUAGACCUCACAGGGAAAGACCCAAAAGGGGUACUGGAGAUAAAAGCAAAGAAAGUAAGAGUGGGGGAGAGCCUGGCUGAAAAAGUAGAGAAGCUCAAGGAUGAUAAAGAGGCGGUGGUAGCAUUCAUAGCCACAGAUGAGUUAAUAAAUGAGGAAGAGCAAUGGGCGAUGGAGACAGGUUAUCAGGAAGAGAAUAAGUGGUUGGAUUGGGCGAGGUAUACGGCCAGACAGGUAGGUGCGACAGAGUGCUUUGUUUGUGCUGGAGCAAGACCUAGGUUAGCGACCGUACCAAUACAAGAUAGAAACUGGACAUGCAUGGUAAGUUUAUUUAAUAAAGAGAUAGCAGGGUGUGAAGAAUAUGAGAGAGAAUUCCCGCCAACGGACAGGGCAAUACCACCUGGGGUACAGGUACAUAAGGGGAACUAUACUUGUUUUAGGAAUGAGGAAAACCUAGGGGUGAAUAGAGGAACGUUUGAGAAGGGAUGGUGCAAAGAUACAAUAUUAAUUACAGACACAAUCUGGGCAAGGGAAUUGGCUAAUCAAAAUAGAUACAGGGCAGACAUAUGGUGGUUAUGUGGAGACAGGAAGUUGCGGAGUAAGUUGAGAGGAUCCUGGAAGGGAGAAUGUACGUUGGUAAGAUUAAUAAUGCCGUUCACAAUUAUAAAAACCAUGGAACAGGAAAAUAAACACAGACAUAAGAGAGAUGCGCCUGGAGGAGCAUUCGACAAUAGAGUAUGGAUAGAUGGGGUAGGGGUACCAAGAGGCGUGCCGGACGAGUUUAAGGCCCGAGACCAAAUCGCGGCGGGUUUUGAGUCCAUCAUUUUCUGGUGGUCAACGUUGAACAAAAAUGUAGAUUGGAUUAAUUACUUAUACUAUAACCAACAAAGAUUCGUGAACUUUACAAUUGACGCGGUAGAAGGGAUAAAACACCAGUUGGGUAACACUUCAUUGAUGACGCUACAAAAUAGGAUCGCGCUCGACAUGCUCCUAGCGGAACGCGGAGGUGUUUGUUCCCUUAUAGGUUCCGGAUGCUGCACGUGGAUCCCUAAUAACACCGCGCCCGACGGCUCCAUCACUAGGGCGCUAAACGGGUUAAAAUCGCUGCAAAAAGAAUUGGCGGAAAACUCCGGAAUCGAUAACCCAUUCAAUAGCUGGAUGACAAAAUGGUUUGGGCAAUACAGUGCGCUGAUCACUUCAUUAUUAAUGUCCAUCGCAGUGGCCGCGGCGAUACUUGUAACCUGCGGGUGUUGUUGUAUUCCAUGUAUCAGAUCUUUGUGUAACAGGUGGAUCGUAAAGACGGUGGAGGGAAAGGAUUCUCCACCGUAUCAGAUGCCACUGCUGGGAGCAGUAGGGCUAAACGAGGAGGAACCAAAGGAGGAGGAGUCAGAGGUUGAUCUCCUGUAAAGGAGAUCAAAAGGGGGAAUGAAGGAAAAUUAAUACAUCCCCACAUCCGCAUAUCCUUGCAAUAUGAAUAUUAUCCUUGCUUUGAAUAAUCAUGAUUUUAUUGUUGCAUUAUUAAUGAUUGCAUUGCCUUUAAUCAUAAAGAUUUUAAGAAUAGCUUUAGAAUAUUAACCUUUAGAAUAUAGUAUUAAAGUUAGAAUAGUCUAGCAUGCUUAGAGAUAAGAUUCCAUUGCAUAUGACUCUAAAAGGUCAUGUCUGCAGAUUUUGGAGGCUUGCAGUCUUGUGUGGUAUGUAUGUAUGUGUGUUUUUUAACUUUUGCUUUGCAGAGACACCUGGGGAGAAAAACAGGAUGUCGGGGCGACAGGGUGAACUAAAGGUCAAUGUUGUUUAUAGCAGCAUGAACUUCUGAGACAGAAGUAAAACUUUCCAUCGAACGGGCCCCCACCCAACUACACAUAUAUAUUUUUGGGUCAGAGGGAGAGGCAGAUCAGAUCAACCGCUCCUCGGGGGACCUGUUUCUGCAUUGGUGUUGUGUAAGGACAGGGACAGUUUUGAUCCAGAGCUCUGUAAUACUUCAUUUGAGAUACUUAUUAAAAAUAUUUGAUUUGA